AUGCAUCCGAUUGAGGAAUUCGUCAAAUGCUUCUCCUUCAUGCAAGAGCUUGCCCAGUUUUUCCUGGAUUUGAAGGAUAAAGAAGUGAAGCGCGCAUUGGCCGGUCUCUUUGUCGAAAUUUUGCUACCUGUGGCUGCUGCGGCAAACCAUGAGGUGAAUGUACCUGCUGUCAAGAUCCUUGUUGAAAUGCUAUAUCCCGUAUGUUUUGAGAUGGCCAACAAGAAAAAACAUAUUCUCGUGAGUAGACGUCAUUUUUCCCCUUUGAUCCUUGUAAUCUUUUGA